AUAAUAAACACUUUAAUGUAUUUAUUAUAUAUAUAUCUAUUUUGCGUAGGUCGACAUUUUCUCGGGCGCCAUUUUCAUCCAGGUCGCCAUGGGGCUCAACAUUUACGCCGCCAUCGUCAUUUUGCUCACCAUCACCUCCAUCUUCACCAUCACAGGCGGUUUGGCGGCGGUCAUCUACACCGACACCCUCCAGACCGUGGUCAUCAUGGCGGGCUCCGUCGUCCUCGCUGCUUUCGCGUUCAACGAAGUUGGCGGCUAUGGCAAACUCGUUGAGCGCUACAUGAACGCCAUCCCCGACGUGAACACAUCAUACCCGGCGGCAUGCUAUACACCGCGUCCGGACGCAUUCCACCUCUUCCGCAAUGCAGUCGACAGCGACCUUCCAUGGCCGGGGCUCGUUUUUGGGCUCAGCAUCCUAUCCUUUUGGUAUUGGUGCGCCGACCAGCUCAUCGUCCAGCGCUGUCUCUCUGCGAAGAACCUGUCGCAUGUCAAAGCGGGUUGCAUCCUUUGCGGAUACUUGAAGAUCCUCCCCAUGUUUUUGAUGGUCAUGCCGGGGAUGAUCAGCCGCGUCCUUUAUACAGACGAAGUUGCGUGCGUUGAACCGCGAAAGUGUGCCGAAUACUGCAGUUCGGAAUUUGGUUGCUCAAACAUCGCGUAUCCAUUGCUUGUCGUCCGACUGAUGCCCGAUGGUCUGCGCGGCCUGAUGCUGUCAGUGAUGCUAGCGUCGCUGAUGAGCUCGCUGACCUCCAUCUUUAACAGCGCAAGCACACUUUUUACGAUGGACAUCUACACGAAGAUGCGGAGGAGCGCAAAGGAGAGGGAACUGAUGAUCGUCGGGAGGUUGUUCAUCCUGGUCCUAAUCGCGGUCAGUAUGGCCUGGGUCCCUGUUGUCCAGUCAGCGCAAAGCGGUCAGCUCUUAGACUACAUCCAGUCCAUCAUCAGUUAUUUAGGGCCGCCGAUCGUCGCCGUAUUUUUCCUCGCCAUCUUCUGUAAGAGGGUCAACGAACAGGGCGCGUUUUGGGGAAUGGUCAUCGGAUUGGUCAUCGGUCUGGCACGUAUGAUCACGGAAUUUGUAUAUGGGACGGGAAGCUGCGCCGCGCCGAGUGCCUGCCCUGCCAUUGUUUGCGGCGUGCAUUACCUCUACUUCGCCAUGAUCCUCUUCACCAUCUCUUUGGUCAUCAUUCUGGCUGUCUCCCUAAUGACCAAACCCAUCGACGACGUCCACCUUUUCCGUCUCUGCUGGACGCUGCGCAACCGGACGGAGGAGCGCAUAGACCUGGACGCAGAGGAAAUGGCGGUGCAGGAAGAGACCAUCUACGAAAACGAUUCACGUAAUUAUCAUGCUUCUCAAUAGCUCUUACUGACCAUUGUUCCCACAGACCACUGUUCUCAUUGAUCGUUGUCCAGACUGACCACUGUUCCCACUGACCAUUAUCUCCAUUUACCAUUAUUCCCACUGACCAAACCAUUGUUCCCAUUGACCACUAUAGCAACUGACCAUUACCUCCACUGACCAUUGCACCCCACUGACCAUCAUUCCCAGUGACCGUCAUUCUGCUUGACCACUAUUCCCACUGACUAUUAUCUCCACUGACCACUAUUCCCACUGACCAUUCUUCCCAUUGACCAUUGUUCCCUUUGACCAUUGCUCCCACUGACCACUAUUCCCACUGACCACUGUCUCUAUUGACCAUUCUUCCCAUUGACCACUAUUCCUAACGACCGUUAUCUCCACUGACCACUAUUCCCACUAACCACUAUUCGCACUGACCGUUAUUUCCACUAACCAUUAUUCCCACUGACCACUAUUCCCACUGAGCAUUGUUCCCUUUUACCACUGUCCCCACUGUCCAUUGCCUGCACUGACCAUUCUCCCCAUUGACCAUUAUUCCCAAUGACCAAACCAAUGUUCCCAUUGACCACUAUAGCAACUAUCCAUUACCCCCACUGACUGUUGCAUCCGCUGACUGUCAUUCCCAGUGACUGUUAUUCUGCUUGACAAUUAUUCCCACUGACCACUAUUCCCACUGACCAUUAUCUCCACUGACCACUAUUCCUACUUACCACUCUUCCCACUGACCACUAUUCCC